GCCAAAUACAACCAUAGAAAACGAGAAUUGUGAUUUGCAAACAGUUUUUAUAUGUUUGUUUAACUAAUCACAGUAAACGAGGGAAAAGGGUGAUUCUAUUUUAUCAGUUUCUUUUUGACGCGUUUGGGCGCGCCAUUUUACAACACUAGUGCAAACAGCCUGUCUUUGUAAAUUUGUGGGAAUCUCUCUCGUUCUUUGUUUCUCGUUUAGACGUACAGACCUAUAGAUGAAGAUAUCAUUUUUGUAAGCUCUCUUUAUCGCAUAAUAAUUAAAGGUAUUUGGUCAAACUUCCUAUUAUUGAUUUAAUCGAAUUUUGUUUCUCCUUGCUUGCAUUCAAGUUCAUCAAUUUUAGAGUUGGUUUUCUUUCAAAGGUUUAUUUAUAAAAAAAAAAGAAAAUUUGAGAAUCCAAAUUUUUUUUUUCUCGCUCACUCACUCACUCACACUCUUUUUAUUUUCAGUCCCAGCUUUCAAUAUUUUCUUGCCGAUUUGUCAUGCAAAAUACUUCAUCAACUUCAACAUUUCCUUCUUUAUCCCCUGAAGUGUCUGAACAACCGAAUUCUUCUUCACCGUCUCGAACUUCAAUUUCAUUGCAAGCAAAGCAGGAUGAAAAUCCUGGUGAGCCAACGUCCAAUGUAGUGGCACCUUCUGAAAGUCAAAGUCCUGAUUCCCCCUCAAAGGAUGUAAAUCCACCAGAGGUUUCAUCUUCUUCAUCCAGUGCUUCCUCGCAAACCUCAAAGUCAGCCGGUUCUACUCGAAGGGUAAAUCCACCACAACUGUAUCUUCAUUUAGAGUCUGCAAACCAAAAAGCACUAUCCACAUUUGAGGAGAUCAAAAAAUGCAUUUAUAUGGGACAUCUUGGUGAACCUCCUCAGAAUGAGGCAAUGACUUGUGAUUGUAAGCCUCAAUGGAAGGAUGGUGUCAACAUCGCUUGUGGUCCCGAUUCCAACUGUAUUAAUAGAAUGACUUCCAUUGAGUGUACGGAUGAUAAUUGCUUUUGUGGACCUCAAUGUAGAAACCAACGUUUCCAACGCCGGGAAUUCGCUCCUGUGGACGCUUUCCUAACUGAAAAGAAAGGUUUUGGUCUGAGAGCAAUUGCAGAUCUUCCAAGAUACACUUUUAUUUACGAAUAUAUCGGUGAAGUUGUUCCUGAGCAAAAAUUUCGGAAACGCAUGGUCCAGUAUGAUGAAGAGGGCAUUAAACAUUUUUAUUUUAUGAUGCUUCAAAAAGGUGAAUAUAUAGAUGCAACGAGGAAGGGGUCACUAGCACGCUUUUGCAACCAUUCUUGUAACCCGAAUUGCUAUGUUGAUAAAUGGAUGGUCGGCGAUAAACUUCGCAUGGGAAUAUUUAGCAAAAGAGAUAUCCUUCGCGGUGAAGAAUUGACGUUUGACUAUAAUGUUGAUAGGUAUGGUGCUCAAGCACAACCUUGCUAUUGUGGAGAACCUUGUUGUGUUGGUUAUAUUGGUGGUAAGACCCAAACUGAAGCACAAUCAAAAUUACCUGAAAGUGUUCGUGAGGCUCUUGGGUUGUCAGAAGAAGAAAACCGGGAUAGUUCGUUCAAUCGUAAACAGCGCCGUAAAAACGCUGUAGAUGAUCUUGCCCAAUUAAUCCAAGAAGUUAAGGCAACUCCCUUAUCUCCAGAGUCUGCUACUAAAGUUGUUGGUGUCCUCCUGCAAACUAAAGAUGAAGCGCUAAUUCGAAAACUGAUGGAACGGAUUUUUUUGACGACUGACGUGUCUGUUUGCAGAUGCAUUAUUGCUUUGCACGGUUAUAAUAUUUUUGGAACAAUUUUAAAUAAUUUCGUAUUUGAUCCAGAUUUCGUCGUUCGCUGUCUUGUUACUAUGCAAAAUUGGCCUCGGCUUACUCGAAACAAAAUACAAGAUUCUAAUAUUGAACCAGUGGUCAAGCAGGUCUUUGACCAUUCGGACAACGAAGAAGUGAAAAAGGCUGCUGAAAAUUUAUUGAACGAAUGGGCAUCUUUAGAAUUGGCGUAUCGCAUUCCUAGAAGAAAGAUCACUUCACAGUUGUCUCAGGGUGAGGAUAAUAAGGAAAUAAAUUCGGAAACAAAUUCUGAAAGUGCUUCUCCUAUUAAACAGGAAGAUACGCAAGACCUGGGUAACAAUUCACCCAGAUUUCAUCGAUCAGAUACUGAAAGCAGAAAUUCUAGCAGGUUUGAGAAAAACAAAGGUUAUCCUUCUUAUAGAAGAGAAUACGUUAAACGUCCCUCACAUCACAAACAUCCCCGGGCGUCAAACGGUAGUUCUUAUUCGGACGCUCGCAAUAAUAAUAUUGAUGAACCUGAUGUUAACAAAUCUAGCGCUCCGGCUACACCGAAAAUCGAUUUGAGCCAGGUAAUAUCUGCCGCUAUGAAUAGCGUAAAUCAUAAAAGGCUUGCUAAAGAACGGGAAGAAGAACAAGAACGACUGCAACAGCAAAAAAGAGAAGAAAAAAGGAGACUGGCUUAUGAAGAAGCCCAGAAAAAGCACGCUAAAAAACUAGAACGAAAACAAAACCCCAAAGAUGAUAGCACUAAUAGCCCUAAGGAGCAUCAUCUCUCCUCUCAUUCACCAACUGCACUUGCAUUUAAAUCAAUUUUGGCAAAAUUUUUUGCAAAUAAAACGGCUCGAUAUCAAGAGAAGCUUGGAAAAUCAGAGUUUAAAGUACGAGUCAAGAAAAUGACUGAAAUUAUGUUAAAGAAACAUAUACAACUGGUGAACAGCAAAAAAGAACGAGCACUUCCUACUGAACUGUCUGAUUCCCAGCAGUCUAAAUUAAAAGCUUGGGCUAUCCAAUACCUCAAUUCUGUAAUAGAACGCGGAGGUGAUCAUAGUAGCCCCUCAGAAACACCCACUACCGCCGAAAGUCAUUUAAAACGCUCCAACUCGCCAACAGAUGAAAGUGAUUCAACUAAACGCCUUCGGCCUGCAUGAGGGUUCAUACAAAAAAGUUGAAGAUAUAUGCUUUAUUUCUUUGUGAAAGAGCAAAAUAUUUACUUUUGUCCAAAACUAUUUAAUUUGAGUAAACAUGUACUAAUAUAAUUUGAACUUUCUAUAAAUAUUAUUUAACCACUGUUUCAUAGCCC